AAUAAAUAAAAACAGGUGAGGGCGGCGCGGCGCACUCCCUGCCCUCCCUUCACACCACCGCCAUGGCCGACGUCGCAGCAGGUCAGGAACAGCGCAAGAAGCGUACUUUCAGGAAGUUCACCUACCGCGGGGUGGACCUUGACCAACUGCUGGACAUGAACAAUGAGCAGCUGGUCGAGCUCUUUGCCUGCCGCCAGCGUAGACGCUUCAAUCGAGGUCUGAAGCGUAAGCAUAUGGCUCUUCUCAAAAGGCUAAGGAAAGCCAAGAAAGAGUGCCCUGCUCUUGAGAAGCCUGCUGUUGUCAAAACCCAUCUGCGAGACAUGAUUAUUGUGCCAGAGAUGGUUGGCUCAAUGGUUGGUGUAUACAAUGGGAAGACCUUCAAUCAGGUUGAAGUUAAGCCCGAGAUGAUUGGGCAUUACCUUGCCGAGUUCUCCAUCACCUACAAGCCUGUGAAGCAUGGUCGUCCUGGUAUUGGUGCCACCCACAGUUCCAGGUUCAUCCCACUAAAAUAAACCCACUGUUUCAGUAAAAAUAAAGUGUAAACAUUC